CAGGUGCAAUGAACGUUGGCCAAACCCAGGUGUAUAAAACAGAAGGGAGAUUCUUUCUGCAGCAUGAGUGACUUUAUCCAUCUGCAGACCAGCUGAUACUCCUCAUCUACAGUUCCGAUCUAGCUCCAAAAUGGGAAAGAAAGUUCUGAUUGUGUAUGCCCACCAGAGCUCUGGCUCAUUCAAUGCUGCAGCUAAAGACGCUGCUGUUGAAAUUUUAACUGCUCAGGGCUGCACAGUUGACGUUUCUGACCUGUACGCUUUGAAGUUUAAAGCCACCGCCACUGCUGAGGACAUCAUUGGAGAAGUCAAGAAUGCAGAUCACUUCCGUUAUGCAGAGGAGACCAAACUGGCAUGGGAGGCUGGAAAACUAUCUGCUGAUAUCACUGAGGAGCAGUGCAAGCUAAAAGAGGCUGACCUCAUAAUCUUUCAGUUUCCCAUGUACUGGUUCACUGUUCCUGCAAUCAUGAAGGGCUGGAUGGACCGGGUGCUCACACUGGGCUUUGCAUACUCUCAGGAGAAGCGAUACAGCCAAGGAAUCUUCAGCAACAAGAAAGCCAUGCUGUCUUUUACCACUGGGUCUCAUGAGUCCAUGUUCAGUGCAAAUGGCAUCAAUGGAGACAUGAAUGUUACAUUGUGGCCUCUGCAGAAUGGCAUCCUGCACUACUGUGGCUUUCAGGUUCUGGCCCCGCAGAUCUUCUGGGCUCCUUCUCACAUUCCCACCGAGGCACGCACCACCUUGCUGGGGGGCUGGCGUACCCGACUGCAAGGCCUCAUGGGGGAAGAACCACUCAAAUUCACUCCAAUGGACUGCUUUGACAGGGAGAAGGGCUUCCAGCUGAAACCUGAGGUCUGUGAGAAACACGCUGCCAAGGAGUUUGGACUAACUGUGGGGACCCACCUGGGCAAACCUCUGCCACCUUACAACCAAAUGAGAGCUGGAGUCUGAGGAGGGCUGGGCCUUGCUAUGUCACUGUCUUAAAUUUGUAUGAAAUAAAUGACUAAUUCUAAAUUUCA